CCUUUUUCCUCAUCGCCCGUAAAAAUCUGCCAACCUCGCCCGCCGCCGACUGCCUUCUCAUGGCAGCACUAAUCGUCACUUCAUUUUUUAUUUGCUUGGAGAAAUAAAUGGCUACAAAGAAUUGCAACUAGAAUUUUGCUUUUGCUGUGUGCCCGUCGGAUUAAGCGGUGAUAAUUUUUUGGUGUUUUGCCGUGGAGAGCUCGGUGUGCGGACGCGUAAAAGUGCUCGCGAAAUUGCCAGGUCCGUGCCAGAGGACAUUGUGUGGUGCAAAGUGAGUUCCCAAUUGGAGAUUUUUGGAACGGCGACGGCGACGACAACGACGACGACCGUGACGACUUGGAAGACGUCGACUCAGGAAAUAUGUUGCCGUUUACUCCGCCGAUUGUGAAACGUUUGUUGGCAUUAAAGAAGGGCAACGAGGACUCGAUCGAGGGAAAAUGGUCGGAGAAGGCGGUGAAAAGUCUGGUGAAGAAGCUCAAGAAGUCGGGCGCACUCGAGGAGUUGGAGAAGGCGAUCUCGACGCAGAACUACAACACGAAAUGCGUAACAAUCCCAAGGAGCAAACCAGUGAACGGAGAGAAUGGCGCAGCCCUCAGGAAGGGACUCCCGCACGUCAUCUAUUGCAGAUUGUGGCGCUGGCCUGAUUUGCAGAGUCAAAAUGAAUUAAAACCACUCGAUCACUGCGAAUUUGCUUAUCAAUUAAAAAAAGACGAGAUCUGCAUCAAUCCAUACCAUUACAAGAAAGUUGAGCUAUCAAUUUUGGUACCAAAGUCAUUACCCACGCCACCAGACUCUCUAACAGAUUACCCUCUGGAUGAUCACAGUAAUCAAAUACCGCACAAUAUUCAAUUUAACAAUGGUUUGAAUAAUUUCAGUAUACCACAAAACAAUCCACCAUUUAUGGAAGCAACAUUAGGACAACAAAUACCGAGCAAUACCACCAUCAUGGAUUCUAGUAGCUUGAGUGUUACUAGCAUUCCCAGUACAGAGACACCUCCUCCAGGCUAUAUGUCUGAGGAUGGUGAUCCUAUGGACCAAAAUGAUAAUUUGAGCAUGUCACGACUUACACCUAGCCCACCAGUGGAUGCUCAACCUGUAAUGUAUCAUGAACCAGCUUUCUGGUGUUCGAUAAGUUACUAUGAAUUGAACACACGAGUCGGUGAGACCUUCCACGCUUCGCAACCUUCAAUCACAGUUGACGGUUUUACAGAUCCGUCCAAUUCAGAAAGAUUUUGUCUUGGUUUACUAUCAAAUGUCAACCGGAAUGAAGUGGUUGAACAGACAAGACGUCAUAUAGGGAAAGGGGUACGGCUGUAUUACAUAGGAGGCGAAGUAUUUGCGGAAUGUUUAAGCGAUUCAAGUAUAUUUGUACAAAGUCCUAAUUGCAAUCAACGGUAUGGAUGGCAUCCAGCGACUGUUUGCAAGAUACCGCCAGGUUGCAAUUUGAAAAUAUUUAACAAUCAGGAAUUCGCAGCUUUAUUAUCCCAAUCUGUAUCACAAGGAUUCGAAGCAGUAUACCAAUUAACACGAAUGUGCACAAUACGAAUGUCAUUUGUAAAGGGUUGGGGAGCCGAGUACAGACGACAAACAGUCACAUCAACACCAUGUUGGAUAGAAUUACAUUUAAACGGGCCCUUGCAGUGGCUUGACAGGGUUCUGACACAAAUGGGUUCGCCCCGGCUUCCCUGUAGCUCGAUGUCGUAAAACUGUGAGUUGAGCAAAGCACAAAGGCCAUUAAAGUGAAAAGAGAUGAAAAAAAAAUUCAACAUAAUUACGUAAUAAGUUUAAUACGUUUUAUUUUUCUUUCUUGAUUAUGCUUGAAUGCACACACACUUAAUCAUUAGGUAUUUUGACGUAUUAUAAAAUGCGUAGAAGAACGAGCGAGAGUUUUUUUUCUAAAGCAGGAAAGAUGAUUUUUUAUUCAAAUUCAAUUUAAAAGGAUAAAGUGAACUCGCAAAAAAGAAAGCAAGCGUAAUACCUUAGAUUUCGAUAUACAAAAGAAAAUUAGACACAAAAAAGUUACUACGAAAAUCAUUGCAUGAUGAUAGAACAUAUAACAUCUUUCACGCAAAAUUAAGAUCCUAUUUCAAUGUAUGUGUGUAAAGAUAUGAGAUAAUUUUAA